GGACAUUCCACCCAAAAAUGGUUGUGAUGUGUUUUUCUCGCGAAGCCUUUAUGAAAAAUAUUCCCUGGCUCCUUCCCUUGCUGAACUUCUGUUGCUGUCGAAAAGAAAGAAGGGGGUUGGACUGGAUGUCCCUUGGGGUCUCCUCCAAAACUUGGACUCUUAAGUGGGGAGCGCAUCAACCAAAGGACGGGCGCAAAUGAAGAGCCAAGCCGGUGGUCCAGACAAAAGCAAAGGCCUGUCGGGGAGAAUCGGACUCGCGCCCCAUUGAACGAAGGCUUUGAGAGCCUGUGUGCUGGGAAAUAUCCCCUCCUUGCUCUGCCAAAUGCGGCUAAUUUGAGCCGCUCGAACUACCACUUGACACGGCAUCUGAGUCAGCAUCUCGUUGGCAUCGCAGCUUAAUUAAACCUGCCACUUGGUGCCACCGGGAUGGACACCUCCUCUCACUCCGAGAGACAGCUGUGCCGUAUUAUUAAGCGACCGAGACAUGAUACUGUUGAGACGUUUCUUCCUGACCCGCACAAGGCAGUGCAGAGAGUGCACCAAAUGCUGUGCAAGAAAACAAGGUUUCCGAUGGACAGGCUGCAAUGAAACCAGCCAGGGAGGCAGAGAAGCCUCCAGCAGAGACGCCGCCUUUCCAAGACCCUCGGGUCCCCUUUCCUUAUUUUUCUAGCCUGACAGACAAAGACCAAAGGAGAUACUUGUUCCUCCUCUCCAAGUUUGCAAACGCCAACAACGUGGCUCCCUCCAAACAGAAAGAUUAUUCGCAAUAUCUGCAAAUGAAAGAAUUUGUCGACAAAGAAGUUGCAGAGUUCUUGAAGUUUGCCCAAAACGCGGCCAAAAGCUGCACUAAAGAUUACGAGGAUAUCUCCGAGGAGGCCUUGCUUUACACCGAGAAAUUCUUAAGCUCCCGCCUCGAUUGCGUGAAGAGGUAUCCAGAGUUGUACACAUUAUGUGACAUAACCAGCAUCAUGGGAGGAAAAUUUUGUCCUGAGCUGACAUUGACCUUUGAAAAAAGCCUUCUUGCCUUGGGAAAAGUGAACCUUGUUAAGAGGCACUUUCCAAAACUUCCGGCCUCAAUCCAGUUACCCGUUCAUCAUUGUAAAAAUGAUGUGGAAAUGACAACUCCGGAGCAGAGAGCUGCUGCAAUGCACAAUGAUGUGAGUACAGAUGCAAAUGCUGAAAAACUCGCAGCGAAAUACUGUCCUCAGGUGGUCCUCACCAGCGAAUCGUUAUACACCUUGUUGAACAAUCACGGUCUGGAUUAUAAGGAACAAUGGGAGCUCCCAGUUUCUGUGAAAACGCUUUCUGGUACAGGCCUCAAACCCGUUAAAGUGGUCUACGUUGACCCCCCGCUCCCAAAGAAAGAGAUGACCGUCCGAGAGAAGAACCAGGUUUUCCAUGAAUUCCUGGCCAGUUUCCACACGACGAAACAAUCCACGGUUUUGGCCCACGCGGCCGUAUUGGACAGGCUCCCAGAGGACCCGUUGGAGGUCUCAUUCGAAAGCUGUCAAGGCAGACCAAUGCAGGUGGACAAUUCUGAGGAUCUGGACUUCGGUACCGACUUCACGGAGCUGGAAACCUUUGCCUCGACACCGAAGCUUCUGAACGCUUCCAGACCAGAGGGCACUGCUUAUACGAAGCCUGGUUCUCUAUCCAAAACGGCACCGGAGCAUCCAAAAAUAUGGAAAGAGGCCUCCGGGGAUACGGACGGAGGAGGAAAGAGCAAACCCAGUGAGCGGAGGACGAGGUCUCAAGGCGGUUGGGAUUUUAGCAACAAGGAAUAUUCACCCAGGUUGAUGGAAACUGAACCAGAUGUACCCAAGAGUGAUACGGACUGUAAUCCUUUUCCUCUGGAUAUACAAAAUAAUGUCAAGGAAGGAGCUGAUGUUCUCAAAGAGGAGAGUCCGGCCGUUCUCUCCUGCUGCAGCGAUAUCGAUGACGACGCUCUUGUCAUUGACACCGAAUGUAAGAGCAGCGAUCCGGAUGAAUUGGGGACCGUCGUUUCGGAUCCAAACACCCCUCCUUGCUCUAGAGGAGCCCUGACAGCAAAGCCAGAGGAUCAAGGGAAGAACGAGCCGGGAAUCGGAGGAAGGAAAGAACCGCAGCAAGAAACCAACGCUCCUUCCAAACGCUGCCGGCGACUGUCCAAAAAAUGCGAUCCGCUCGGGCAGAUUUUGAAAAUGCAGACCGAGCUCCUGAAGCCGCCUUCUCUGGACACGAGCUUCGAAAGACAUUUGCAUCCUGUUUUACCAAGCCAGGAAAAGCCACAGUUAAAACCCUCCACGCCGUCUACUCCGAAUGUGGAACAAAGGGAUGCUGCGGAUCCAGGGAACACGUCCAAGUUAAAGUGGACAACGUACUUCCAAGGGUCUCAGAAAGGGGAUCAUUGGGACGUCCCCGAAGAAGACCGUUCCUGUUACGAGCCCCCUCCCCAGGACAACCUGGUCUACAAGCUGUUCAGCCUGGACAACCUGCUGCUCCUGGUCCGGUGCCGGAUACACAGAGUCGAGGUGCGGCCGCGCAACAAGAAAGCCAAAGUCAGGAGGCACUUCCCGGUUUUCGUCUUGCCGAAGCUAGAAUACCAGGCCUUCUACGGGGCGGAAGCAUUGACCGAAGGCGAGGUCUGUCGGCUGUGGAUGGAGGGAUUGCUGCACUCCAACACUUCGUACACGCUUGGUCAUAUCGAUGCCUUGACGUCCAAACUUUUCCUGCUUGAACAAUUGUCUGCUGAAGUCUUGAAGAAAAGAUUCGGAGCAUUUAAGCCAGCAAAUUCAUUGAAUAUUCUCCAACAUAUCUUGAAGAUAGCGACUGGUUUGCAGGAGGGCUCCUACCUCUUGGCUCACGUGGCCGGGGACUCGUGUGUUUCGGUCUACAAAAGCUCUGAAGGCAAAGCCAACAGAAGGACGUACAACUUGCACGCGGCUCAUGCCGACCUUCCCGGCGUCCCGCCGUCCCUUUCGGUCCCCUGGAUCCCGCUCGAUCCCAACGUCCCUUUGCCGUAUCACUUUGCGCAAGGGAGGGUCCCGUGCACGUUCCCUCCAAAGCUGCUGCAGACCACAAAGAACCAGAAGGGUAAAGCACAACCGCAGGCGGAAGGCACACCCAGCCGCAGGGAGACCGUUCCCCUGGAAACAAACAACAACCACCCUCAUCCUUUUCGCAAAAGACACAGUGGUGGUGGUGGUGGUGGUGGACAGGCCAAUCCGGGGCCAAACUGGAAAGUCUGGAAAAAACACAAGAACGAGCCGACUUAGUCAUGCGGCAGGAAAGAGGAGCUCUCUCUGCAGGGCAAGAAAUAUUUAAAGGCACAUGCAAGACAUAGGAAUGGAUGGGACCUCAGGGCAGGAAUGUGAAACACUUUUUUGUGGUGAAAUGGGAAACAAAAAUCUGUGUUACAUGCCCAAAUACUUCAUAGAAUCUCAGCCAAUUCAACAUAAGCUUGUAGCAGCUACAAAAACAAACUUUCUGGAAUAUAACACUGACUUUCAAAGUAAGUACUGUACACUUAAACAGGAAAUAUCACUUUCAAACCUGAAACAGGACUUUUUUUCAUAUUUUGUUACAUAGUGUAAAUAAUAAUAAUAAUAAUAAUAAUAAUAAUAAUAAUAACAACAACUUUAUUUUUAUAUCCUGCUCCCAUCUCCCCAGAGGGGACUAAAUUAUUUUGUUACCCGCCUCUCCUAACUUUAAUAUUGUGUGUGGUUUUUUUUAAAUGUAAUGUUACAUUGCUCCAGAUGCAAAUUGCAAAAAAAAUAUUCUCUUUGAUUUUUUUUUUUCUUUUCACCCCAUGUGUUCCGUUGGUGUUGCGGUUUUGUUCUGUGUUUCCUGUUCACCGGUUGCGUAUAAUAAUAGCUUUUUUUGGGUGGUGCAAUUUGUGUGUGUGUGUGUUUUGUUUUUUUCUUUUUAACGUGUCAGGAGCAACCGAAGUUGCUUCUGGAGUGAGAGAAUUGGCUGUCUGCAAGGACGUUGCCCAGGGGACGCCCGGAUGUUUUGAUGUUUUUACCAUCCUUGUGGGAAGCUUCUCUCAUGUCCCCGCAUGGAGCUGGAGCUGACAGAGGGAGCUCAUCUGCACUCUCCCCAGGUGGGAUUCGAACCUGGCAGCCUUCAGGUCAGCAACCCAACCUUCAAGUCACAAGGCUUUUAUCCCCUAGGCCACUGGAGGCUCCUAUGUGUGUGUUGAGAAACUGCAAUUCGCUUCUGAUGUGAGAGAAUCGGCCGUCUGCAAGGACGUUGCCCAGGGAAUGUUUUACCAUCCUUUGGGGGGCCGGGCUGUGGCGCAGCUGGCUAGUAACCAGCUGCUAUAAAUCACUACUGACCGAGAGGUCAUGAGUUCGAAGCCCAGGUCGGGUUAAGCCUCCGACCAUUAAAAAAAAAAUAGCCCCAGCUUGCUGUUGACCUAGCAGCCCCAAAAGACAGUUGCAUCUGUCAAGUAGGGAAAAUUUAGGUACGCUUUAUGCGGGAGGUUAAUUUAACUAAUCUACAACACCAUAAAACUGCUCACGAGGAAAAGAAUGAGGAAGAACAGCCACCAAUGGAGGGUGAAGCAACAGCUCCCCCUGUGGCCGGAAUCGUGAAGCUGGAAAGAUGUUAAAAUGCCUCUGUGUCUGUCUAAAACUGAAUGUUGUUUGUCUGUUGGCAUUGAAUGUUUGCCAUAUAUGUGUUCAUUGUAAUCCGCCCUGAGUCCCCUUCGGGGUGAGAAAGAAGAGCGGAAUAUAAAUACUGUAAAUAAAUAAAAUAAACAAUUCUCUUACA